CAAAUGGAAUGAACUCCUCCAAUUUCCGAAAAUGACUGUGUUGCAGCAUCCACCUCUUUGAUUUCUUACCAUUUUCUCUGUCUUUCUCUUCGCUUUAAUUUCUCUUUCCAUAUAAGUAUAAAGUAGAGUGAACUUUCCCAAGAAAUCAAAAAAACGCUUCAUUUUCUUGUCUUCUUGUCCUUAUAUAAUGAGGUGCUAGCUAGCCUCAUUUUUCUUCAUUCUUGUUAUCUCUCUCUCUCUCUCUCUUCACUAUAUUCGUUUUCUGUUCUUUGAAAGAUGGCUGGGGUUCCUCCAGAAGCACAUGUUUCACUUGAUCAGCUUAAGCAGAUAAUGGAUGAGUUUGCAAAGGAGAGGGAUUGGGAGCAGUUUCAUAGCCCAAGGAACCUCCUUUUGGCUUUGGUGGGUGAAGUGGGAGAAUUGUCUGAGAUAUUUCAGUGGAAAGGGGAGGUUCCAAAGGGUCUUCUAGAUUGGAAAGAGGAGGAAAAGGUUCAUCUUGGUGAAGAGCUUUCAGAUGUGUUGCUUUAUCUUGUGAGGCUCUCCGACAUGUGUGGUGUAGAUCUUGGCAAAGCUGCUUUAAGAAAGGUUCAACUCAAUGCCGUAAAAUACCCAAAAAAGGUUUAUGAAGACCCUUCAAGCAGCACUGUCAGCCCCAACAACACCAAUUGAUAAUGCAACUACUCGAGAUGCUAAUUGAUGAUAAUCCAUUGGUGUCUAUAGUUAUUGUAGUCGUUGUUUUAGGGGGGAGGGGGGAGAGUAGGAAAGUGGUUUUGGUUUUUGUUCUUCUAUAAAAGGGUGGAGUAUAGUAUUGCUUGAUUGGUUUGGUACUAUGAACAUUUAUUCUCACCUUUGGCAAUAUUGUAUCGAAUCCUUUUAGAUGGAUCGAAUAAUAAUACAUUAGCUUUAAAGAAAUGUGUAUCUAUUGACCAUAUUUUAAAAGAAUUUAAUUUUGGCA